AUGGCCUCGAUCUCUGUGAACAAUGGUCCAUUUAAGUGGGAAACUACCACGGUCCCCCUCAUAAUCAACGGUAAGGAUGUUACCUUACCAUCGACAUUUACUGUCGUCAGUCCAGGCUCAGGCGAAGCACUCUGGGACGCAUCGGCCGCCUCUGUUGUCGAGGCAACACAAGCUGUCGAAGCGGCCCAGGCAGCUUUCGUGUCAUGGUCCGCCACAAAGCCCAGCGUACGAAGAGAAAUCCUUUUUCGUGCCGCCGACCUAUUGCUCAGUAGGAAGGAGGAAUUAAUGUCCUACCAGAGCCGAGAGACCGGUGCAGGAAGGGCAUUUAUGGAAUUUGGCAUCAAUGCAGCACACCAGAUUCUGAGAGACAUUGGUGGCAGGAUCGAGUCGGCCCUUGAAGGCUACGUGCCUGUCACGGCCGAACAAGGCUCCCAUGCCAUGAUGCUCAAGGAACCUUACGGAGUUGUCCUUGCCAUUGCACCAUGGAAUGCGCCUUAUGUGCUGGGGGUCCGGUCAGUAGCUUUUGCGUUGGCUACGGGCAAUACGGCUGUCCUAAAAGGCUCGGAGCUUAGCCCUCGUGUGUUCUGGGCCAUUGGUGACGUUUUCAGCCAGGCGGGUCUCCCCGACGGGUGUCUCAAUGUGAUCUACCACCGAACGGCGGACGCAGCGGAGGUGUCGGAGGUUUUGAUCGCUCAUCCAAGUAUCAAAAAGAUCAAUUUUACUGGGAGCACGGCGGUCGGUAGCAUCAUCGCAAGCUUGGCUGGCAUGCACAUAAAACCCCUCUUGCUAGAACUCGGUGGAAAGGCUAGCGCCAUCGUCCUCAAGGAUGCUGACGUCGAAGAGGCGGCUGCCAGUUGCGCUGUUGGUGCAUUCAUUCAUGGAGGCCAGGUAUGCAUGUCUACCGAACGGAUCCUGGUGCACACCUCGAUUGCCGACAAGUUUGCAGCUGCUUUGGCGAAAGCCACGCAGCAGUAUUUUGAAUCACCAUAUGUACUCAUCAAUCCGGCGGCAGUGACGAAGAACAAGAAUUUACUCCAUGACGCGUUAAAUAAGGACGGCAAGGUGCUGCUUGGAGACCCAACGGCUUCCGAGGAUCAGCCGACAAAGAUGCGGCCGGUCAUCGUGUCUGGCGUGUCCAAGGAGAUGGAAAUAUUCCACACCGAGUCUUUCGGGCCUACCGUGUCUCUGAUGACGUUCGAAACGGAGGAGGAGGCGCUUGCGCUCGCCAACGACACCGAUUACGGGUUGUCAGGCGCCGUCUUCUCUCGGGAUCUUAGCACAGCCUUGCGCGUGGCCCAUCAGUACGAGACGGGAGCUGUCCACAUCAACUCCAUGACUGUGCACGACGAGGCCUCCCUUGUGCAUGGUGGCGUGAAGAAGAGUGGAUAUGGCCGGUUCAACGGGGCGCAGGGCAUGGCAGAAUUCUUGCGAUACAAGACCAUCACCUGGAAAGAUUGA